GGCGUCCCGGUGUCCCCGUCGCCUUGUCACCAUCACUGCGGUGUCCCCGCGGGGCGUCCCGGUGUCCCCGUCACCCGGUCAGCGCGGCCGCCUGUCCCCGCAGGGUCCGUAAGCAGGUUGUGAACAUCCCGUCGUUCGUGGUGCGCCUGGACUCGCAGAAACACAUCGACUUCUCGCUGCGCUCGCCCUACGGCGGCGGCCGCCCCGGCCGCGUCAAGCGCAAGAACGCCAAGAAGGGAACAGGCGGCGGCACAGGCGGCGACGACGACGACGAGGACUGAGCGGGUGACGCCGAGCGGGGCCGCGGU